UUUAGGGUCAGAGCAGUAAAAGUAGCACAUUCCUUAGAUGAGGCUCUACAUAAUGUUGCUGUGCUUCCUAAUUCAAUGAUACUGUCACCUGAAUAUGAAGGCCGUUUGAUACAUAUAUCUGGAUCAUUAUUGGUCUCUGAACCGUUAACUGAGCCAGAUUAUGGAAUUGUUAUGUCUAGUGUGAAGCUAAAGAGAAGAGUACAGAUGUAUCAAUGGGUUGAAAUUGAAGAAGAACGAAGUUUUGGCGGAGUAACGGAAGAAGAAAAACAUUAUUAUUAUACAACAGAAUGGAAGGAUAAGCUUGUGGAUUCUGAUCAUUUUUAUAUUCGUACCGGUCAUCAUAAUCCAAAAGAAAUACCAAUCAAAAGCCAGAUACAGAUCGCAGAUGAGGUGAAGAUCGGCGUUUUCACACUCAGUGCGGAAUUGAAAAAAAAGUUCAGUGACUUUGUGGAAAUUACUAGUGACGAGAGACCAGAGCGAAAAGACAUUAAGAUGCACUCAGGAUUGUAUUAUCACAGCGCAGAUUUGUGGAAUCCACAAGUGGGAGAUCUCAGACUACAAUUUUCCUAUGCUGGGAAGGGUGGAGAUGUCUACUCGGUAGUCGGUUUACUGGAAAAAGAUACGAUUAAGCCAUAUUAUACGUCUCAUGGUGAGGAGAUUUUACUUCAACGAAGGCAUAAAAUGUCCGUGAAUCAGAUGUUCCAUUUGGAACACGUACACAAUUACUGGCGAACCUGGACUAUCAGAGGACUUGGAUGGCUGGUUCUGUUUGUAGCAGCGACAUGCUUAGCUAAUAUAUUAAAAACUAUUAUAUUAAACUCCACCUUCCUGUGCGGUAUAAUAGCAGUUGAAUCUCUAACCAUGUCGGUCUCCAUGUCUAUCAGUUUGCUGGUGAUCGGCUUCGCUUGGGUGUGGUAUCGACCGGUGAUUGGUCUCUGUCUAGCGUUGGCAUCAAUUUUGCCAUUUAUUUACUCGACACUGUCAUCAGGAUCCACGCAGCGUGAUAACUAUAGAAGAUUAUAAAUCAUGAGUACAAUUAAUUUUAUUGCAAUCUCUAGUCUUCCUUAAUCAUUUAAGACAUUUGUCAUCAUUGUUAUUAUGUAUAUUAUGUAUUAUAAUAAUAUAAUUGAAAUAUAUUAUACAACUCUCAAAUUUA